GGUCGGAUGUUAUUUGACUACCUGGCAGACAAGCACGGUUUUAGGCAGGAAUAUUUAGACACUCUCUACAGGUAUGCAAAAUUCCAGUAUGAAUGCGGGAAUUACUCCGGAGCAGCUGAAUAUCUGUACUUUUUUAGAGUGCUGGUUCCAGCAACGGAUAGAAAUGCUUUGAGUUCACUUUGGGGAAAACUCGCCUCUGAAAUCUUAAUGCAGAAUUGGGAUGCAGCCAUGGAAGACCUGACACGGUUAAAAGAGACCAUAGAUAAUAAUUCUGUGAGUUCUCCACUCCAGUCUCUUCAGCAGCGAACAUGGCUCAUUCACUGGUCUCUGUUUGUUUUCUUCAACCAUCCCAAGGGACGUGAUAACAUUAUCGAUCUCUUCCUUUACCAGCCGCAGUAUCUUAAUGCAAUUCAAACGAUGUGUCCACAUAUUCUCCGCUAUUUGACUACAGCAGUCAUAACAAACAAAGAUGUUCGGAAACGCCGGCAGGUGUUAAAAGACCUAGUCAAGGUUAUUCAACAGGAAUCUUACACAUACAAAGACCCAAUUACCGAGUUUGUUGAAUGCUUAUAUGUUAACUUUGACUUUGAUGGGGCUCAGAAAAAGCUGAGAGAAUGUGAAUCCGUACUUGUGAAUGACUUCUUCUUAGUGGCUUGUCUUGAGGAUUUCAUUGAAAAUGCCCGUCUCUUCAUAUUUGAGACUUUCUGUCGCAUCCAUCAGUGUAUCAGCAUUAACAUGUUGGCAGAUAAACUGAACAUGACCCCAGAAGAAGCUGAAAGGUGGAUUGUGAACUUGAUUAGAAAUGCAAGAUUGGAUGCCAAGAUUGAUUCUAAAUUAGGUCAUGUGGUCAUGGGUAACAAUGCAGUCUCACCCUAUCAGCAAGUGAUUGAAAAGACCAAAAGCCUUUCAUUUCGAAGCCAGAUGUUGGCCAUGAAUAUCGAGAAGAAACUUAAUCAGAAUAGUAGGUCAGAGGCUCCUAACUGGGCAACUCAGGACUCUGGGUUCUACUGAAGAACUGUUUAAAAAAGAUGAAAAACUAAAAAAAAAAAAGAUGUAACAAUAAAACCAUGAUGUAAAAUAUGACUGACAUACAUUUUAGAAACAAUAAAUUGAGUAUAAAUUUUGGAGACUUUGAAUAAAAUUGGCUGUGUUUCAUUUUA